AUGUCUUCCCCAACCGACAGCGACAAGGCACCCACUGCCACCGAUGUCGAGAAAUCACAUGUCUUUGAUGGGCAAGGGACAGAAGAAGAUCCCUUUGUGGUAGAAUUCGUCAAAGAUGACCCGGAAAAUCCCAUGAAUUGGGGUCAAUUCAGGAAGUGGUUCAUUACAACUAUUGUCACUCUGUCCGUUUUUGCGGUCACAUAUACCUCCUCGGCGUACUCUGUCUCUUCCCGGGAGAUCAUUGAAGAGUUCAACAUUAGCAAUGUGGUAUUCAUUAUCGGCGUUACUCUCUACGUGCUUGGUUUUGCAAUUGGACCUGCACUAUGGGGUCCCUUGAUCGAAAAUAUUCCGAUUCUUUGGGUAGUAUCCCACAUUGCCAUGGUGGGAUUCAUUGGAGGCUCUGCUGGAAGCAAAAACAUCCAGACACUUCUCAUACUGCGAUUCUUUGGUGGCACAUUUGGAGGCUCACCUCUGGUCAAUUCUGGCGGCGCUAUUGCCGACAUCUUCCCCCCUGCCCAGAGAGGCCUCGCCAUGACACUGUAUUGUGUUGCUCCCUUUCUCGGCCCCAUUCUUGGCCCAAUCAUCGGAGGCUUUAUCUCUGAAGGCGCUGGAUGGAGGUGGGUUCAAGGGGUCUGCUGUGCGUUCAUUGGCGUUGUCGGCAUUCUUGGAACCGUGUUCGUCCCUGAAACAUACGGUCCGGUUCUCCUCCUCAGAAAGGCCCGUAAAUUGUCGAAAGCAGACGGCAAGGUCUACAUCAGCGUUCUCGACAAAGACCAGGGCAAGAAGAAGCCAUCUGAAGUUUUCCAGAGGGCACUGGUGCGACCGUGGGUAUUGCUCUUCAAAGAGCCCAUUGUUCUCGUGGCCUCGGUCUACAUGGCCAUCAUCUAUGGUACCGUGUACAUGUUCAUGGCUGCCAUGCCCAUCGUCUACGGCAAAGAUCGUGGCUGGGGCGAGGGCAUUGUCGGGCUUUCUUUCUUGGGCAUUGCCGUCGGAAUCGUCAUCGGUUUGAUCUGUGCAAUCUACGACAACAAUGGCAGAUUUAUGAAGCUUCUCCUGGCUAAAAAAUCCACCCCGGAGUCACGCUUGCCACCAGCAAUGGCUGGCGCCGUCGCUCUACCGGUCGGAAUGUUCCUCUUUGCCUGGACCAACUAUACUUGGAUUCAUUGGUCCGUAGGUAUUAUUUUAUCCGCGCCAUUUGGCUUCGGUUGUGUCCUUGUUAUCCUGCCAAUUGUCAACUAUCUCAUCGAUGCUUACACCAUCUACGCAGCGUCCGUCUUGGCAGCUGCCGCUAUCUUUCGCGCCGUCGUCGGUGCUGUGUUCCCUCUUUUCACGCCCCAGAUGUAUCAAAAUCUAGGGAAUCAGUGGGCAAGCUCCAUACCGGCCUUUUUGACGCUGGCUUGCAUGCCAUUCCCUUGGGUGAUGCAUCGUUAUGGCGGGGCGCUGAGGAUGAAGUGCAAAUAUGCCUUUGAGGCGGCUGAGAUGAUGAAGCGCAUGCAGAUGCAGCAAGUUCAGGCAGCAGAGAAGACCGAAGAAGAGACCAACCGUUCAGAGUAG